AUGGUACUAUUCAUCGGCUUCCUUAAGUCCACCAAGGUAACCGCCACUUUCGAUCAGUUGGUGUCACCUCCUUCGGUUCCUUCAGUGAUGUUUAAACUAGCCAAAAAAGAUGGAGGGCGAAUAGAUCGUAAUCGUGAUGCUCAAAACCCGUGGGAUUUCUAUCAGCGUUACAAACGAGUACAUAGAGUUGAUGAAAUCCAGAUAGAGGAACAAAGAAUGCUUGAAUCUGGAACUUUCAGUUCUGAUAUGGGAGGUAUACAAACCAUUAACAAGGACAAGAAGCUUUUCUUGGUUUCAUUAUACUAUUUAAUCUGGGGUGAAGCUGCAAAUGUCCGUUUUCUUCCAGAAUGCAUUUGCUAUAGAUUCCACCAUGGAAUUCAAUGCCAUUUGGAUCAUGGACAAGCUAGCCCUGCACAAAGUUUUAUUUGUGAAGAUAAUUCAGUUUCCUUUUUGGCACAUGUCAUUCAACCAAUUUACAACACACUCUCUAAGGAAGCAGAACGAAACAAUAAUGGGAAAACUGCCCAUUCAGCAUGGCGGAAUUAUGAUGAUUUCAAUGAAUAUUUCUGGUCACCUACUUUCAUCUUUGUAGUAUAUGAUAUGAAUUAUCUGGAAAUUGCAAGAUAUGCUUUUCUUUUUGUCUUGGGUGGAAUCUUUAUGGCUGAGUCGGUCUCAGAUGGUGAAGGAAAUCCAAUGCAGAAGCCAAACAAAAGGAAUGAUAUGGAAUCAGAUAGCAGCCAGAAGGAGAAGGAGGAUGAUGGCCAACAGCUUAGAAGAAGUCAUAAAUAUUUCACAACAUCUGGUGUGGCUGCUAGAAAGUUUCAAAUUGACAAUGAAGCAGGGCAGCUAUACAAAGAGCUUUUGGUUGCUCAGGAGGAAGCCCAUUUGGCUCAUCAACAACUUACCUCUUCAAUGGUAAAGUUGGUGGAAGAAAGGAAUAUGAAGCCACUUGAUUCAAAUCUUGCAGCAUUAUCAGCAAGAUGCAGUAAAGACUGGGAGUUGAAUUUGGCUAAGUCAUUCUUAAGUGAGAUGGGCCAAUGUACAACUUCUUAUCCACAUAACAGCUGUUUGGAGCAUUAG